AGAAGAUCAAAAACAGCCGUUCGGUUUGGCGACUGCGACUCUUUGAAGGAAAAAGGAAAAACAUUUGCAUUUGCACUUCUUGCAGAAAAAUUCAAUUUUCUUUGUACUGUGAUUAGUGUGGUGGUUGCUUUUACCAUUUUUUAUGUUUUGUUCUUCUUUUUGUUGAAAAUAAUUAUAUAGUUUUUUAUUUUGGAAAUGAGAAACCAAAAACUCAACAGAAGAAACCACUAACUAAAUCAACAAAAAUGCACAAAUGAGAGAAAACAAAUUUUCUCCAUUCAAGAAAAUAAGCAGCGUUUAUAGUUAUCAUUGCAGGCAAGCUAAAAGAUAAAAUAUUCUAGAACUUUCAAGAGUUCAUAAUCUUCAUACAAUUAAAAACAAAAUUAGAAAUUAGUAAAAUGGAAAAUGAACAUGAAGAGCAUCAUGACCUACCUUUCCGUGAAAUCUUUGAAGCAGCUUUUUCCGCCUCAAGUCUCACAAAUAGUUAUGACAAUGAACCACGCCCAAGUGAUGAUAACUAUGAUUUAUUUGCAUACAACCAAUAUUCACCAAGGCAGCCAAUGAGAUUACAAUACAAUACAAUGCAUCCAGAUCCAUAUAUGCCACAAAUGUAUCCAGUACAUCAUAAUCAAAUUAUAUCACCACACUUACAGCGCCGCAUGCCCCCUAGAAGGGGUGCUCAGGAACGUUAUCAAGUAGAUUUAAUGAGCCAAGAUCAUUGGUUAUCGUGCAGGAAAUGCCAACCGGAAUCGUGUAACUGUCCUCGUGAUCCGUCAAGGGAUUCAGCGUACCAAAUAACUUCGAGAAGUCACCAACCAGAGCUGCAACCUUUCAGUGGCAAUGUAAAUAAUAGCAAUACCAACACUAGCGAUAGUACUAUACUAAAUGAACCGCCCAGAAAUCUUAUGCUGGACGAUAUGGCAAACCAUCUGGAUUAUCCGAAUCCAACACUGCCACCUCAGCAUUCUUGCUGGUCAACAUAUUCCGCCUAUGAUUAUGAAGGCUUGGGUGGAAUGGUUAAUACAUAUUCGCAUCGCCGGCCAGUUCUGUCACACUUCAACCAUCUCUAUCCACAUCAACACUCACAAUCAAAUAUGCCGCCACAACCACUACACGAACCACAAACACAACAAACACAAGCCCCACCUCCAUCAUCGCUUCCACCUCAUCUCUUACACAAUUCACAACCAGAACUAACAGGAUUAGCCGCACCAAUGCCAUCCCAUGUAGAAAAUGGCAAUCUCGUAAAGACUGAAAUAAAUCCCGAUGGAAUGUACAUUAGUAGUAGUAGUAGCAGCAGUGGUUGCAGCAGUAAUGGCAGCAGCAAUGCAACACCUCCUCCUUCAGUCAACACCGGAAUAGUUAACCCCCCAAAUAAUGUUGGUGAUCUGGCUUUGAGAAAAAAUGAUUGCAAUAGUACAGCCACUGCCGCUAUAGUUUAUGCGUCCACGUCAACAAAACCAAAUACACUAACAGCAACGUCUUCUGUUCCAUCUUCAGAAAUUAUGGAUGGUCCAAGCAGUUCCAUGUCAAUAAAACAUGUUCCCUCUACGAGCUGUGUUAAUAGUUAUUUACGACAUAAUACCUUUAACAAAACCUUAGAAAAUUUGCAUUCGGAAAAGCAGCCGGACGAGGAUGCAACUAUGAGGGAUAUUCUCAAUGAGACUUCUAAUGCCACAACUACCAUAGGGUCUGCAAUUAUUACAAAUCAAGCAACGGCAUCGUCAUCUUCAGAAAACUUUAACGACGAGCUUUCAUCGUUACCUGGCCCAAGUGGUCUGCAAAGAAAAACUCAGCAGCAAUGUGAUGUUAAUGUUGGAGCGAGAAAGUCUGCAAUUUAUAAUAAUUGCCUUCGCAUGGGUUCAGCCUCAAAAUAUAAUCCAUUAUCGGAUUCAGACGAUGAUGAUGAUGACGAUGAUGUUGUGGUUGUUAAUUUGCGCAAACAAUACAAACCAGAAAAUGUUCCAUAUGAUAUUAUGGGCUAUAAUGAAGGCCCUGUUUGUAAUAUCACAAAAAAUAGUGCUGAACAAUUGGAUAGUGGUGUGGGGGUUGUCCCAGAAUUGCCAGGCAAUGGAGAAGAGUGCCUGUCAUCUUCUCGCUCAAAUGAUAUUCUAACUGCUCCUGAUCUGCAAUUAGAUUGGUUAUCUGACUCGACGGGCGAUGAUGAUGACGUUGUGUUUGUUCAUUCAACACGUGAACCCAUCGUAUCAAUUGAUCUCACAAAUGAUGAUGAAAUGGGUGAAGAGUUUAAGCCAUCAAUAAUUGCCCCUCAAAGAGAAACAUCGACAUCUUGUCUCUUACCACACAUUCGACAGAAUUCAGUGUUGACACCUACUCCAACAGAAGUGUCAUCUUCAACACCAAUAACCGCAUCCUCUGUUGCAGCUACAGCGGCUGCUACAUCAGCAGCAGCAGACCCUUGUUCUUACUAUGAUUAUCGCUACCCACGUCGUUACAAUGAAGUUACCUCAACGUCAGCUACGAGUUCGACAAGUGGAAGUGCUAGUGGUCGAUCGUACGACGUCUAUCGCUACAAUGUAAAUCGUAUGCGCCCAAAUGUCUUCGGAAAUAUAAUCGGCCCACCACGACUUGCUCCCUAUCAGCCACGAACUCCAAGACUGCGUACUGUUUCACCACCAGACUUUACAAUGCCUAUCAACACUUAUCGGGGAAUUUGUCAACGUGAUCGUUUUCACGACGAAGUUUAUCCAUACGCCUAUUCAGACCCAUCUGCUCCUGAAAAUUACCAACGAGUACAGUAUUGUGGCUAUCCUGAACCACAAUGCCUUCGAGGUGCAGCUUCAUCAACAACAACAACUGCACCGCAUCCAAAUACUGCUGCUCCUGCACAUGAAAAUAGCAAUUUAGCACCUGAUGUAGCAGCAGCUGCUGCGGCUGCAGCUGCAGCUGCAUCAUCAUCAUCAUCAUCAGCAGCAUCAACUUCCUCAGCUCCUCAACCAGCUGAAUCAACAUCAGAACCUUCACCUGAACAGCCACCACCGCCGCGACGUGCAAACAUUUGUUCCCCUCCAGCUGCACAUUCAACGGAGAGUUCAAACUAUCCGCCAUAUUUUGUGCGUGAUGUAAGUGGCGUACGAGUGCAAUCGCGUCGUAAUCCAACAUUUAGUGCCGGAUCAACACAUCAUCGACAUCAUCCAGUAGGACUACCACCGCCCUACCUCAUACACCAAAAUCUUUGGUGUCGUCAACAAAACAUGCAGGAAAUCCAUCGGCGACAUUUGACUCCAACACCCAUAGACUUGUCCUCGAAUCGAAGCAUGCCCAAUUAUCGUUCGCGGCAAAUACCAAAUAUAUGUCCAUGUGUACACAGCAGAACAGGACCAGUUUCUAGUUUGGAUCCGGCAUACCAAAUGGUGAGCUUGUCAAGUUCAUUUGAACCCCCACCGACAACACAGCCCAGACAAAGGCAUGUUCCUGCUGUCCAUCAUCAUAUGAUUCAUCAUUAUACAUUGCCGACACCCGUACGCCUGGAAAUCGGUUUGAGAGCACCACUGACAAGUUUAAGAUCAAUCGAAGAUAUUGGAUCUAGAAUUGUUUUUGGUCCCAAUAUGAGACCUAAUCGCGGUGCCUCAUUGGAAAUAAUAGAACGCAACACCCUACCGCACAAAUACAAACGUGUUCGACGUGAAAGUGAAUCCGAUGAAGAUGCUGAAAAGUGCGCAAUAUGUUUAUCGUUAUUCGAAAUUGAUAAUGAAGUCAGACGGCUUCCGUGCAUGCAUCUAUUCCAUACCGAAUGUGUUGAUCAAUGGCUGGUUACCAAUAAACAUUGUCCUAUAUGCCGUGUCGAUAUCGAAACCCAUCUAACCAAAGAUACAAGCAGCUCGUUAUGACCCGUUCCUAGGGUCAUAUCAACCUAAAAAUUCGUCAAUCCAUAAAAAUACAACUUAUUAUAUAAAAAAAAUUAUAAGUAAUACCCCACAUAUACAUACAUUCAUAAAUAUAUACAAUUAAUAAAAAAAAAGGGAACCGUAAAAGAAACUAGGCUUAAAGCUUAAAAUAUACAAAUUUUAGAUUUGUCGGUUUUUACAAUUAUUAACUUAUUUUUGUUGGGUGUAAGGCGACACCGUUCAUUGUUUUUUUUUUCUUUAUUUGUUUCUCAGAUCAAGCAAGUUUUUCAUUUUGUUAAAACAAUGGCUGCAUAAUUCAUAUUUAUUUUUGUUUUAGUUUAUACAAAACCCUCAAAACUUUUAUUUGUUUCUCAGUUCGAGCAAGUUUUUCAUUUUGUUAAAAAGUUGCUGCAUUAUUCAUAUUUAUUUUUUGUUUUAGUUCAUAAAAACCCUCAAUUAUUAACUGCAUGGUAAACAUUAAACAUUUUUCUCAUUUAUAUUUAAAUGCGAAAUGUAUUCGCUGAUUAAUUUAUGUUACAUAUUUUUUUUAAGGACAUUUUUGUUGUUUGCUGCGAUUUAUUAUUGUUUUGUUUUUUUUUUUUCUUAAAUCCUUCUUUAUAUAAAUUUAAAAAUUGGUGGGUGGUAUUCGAAAAACUUUCGCAGAUUCACAUUUUAUUUUUUUUUUGAAGAGUGAUUUGUUUUUUUUUUGUUUUGUUAAAAGAAAACUCAACAAAUUCAAAAUUGUAUGAAUUAUAUGAAAUAUCAAAUAAAAUUUUAUUCAUGCCACCAAAUAUAAAUAUUUCAUAAGCUCUGUACUUAGAAAAAUAAUUUUUUCUAUUUUGUUAAUUUUAAUUUAAAACUAGAAAAAUCAAUUUAGGAAUAAUUAAAUUAAGAAAAAUUAAUAAAGGAGCCAGUUAAUAUACUGGAAACAUCUUACUGUGUAGAUAUUUAAGUUUUGUUUUAAUUGAACAAACAAAAAAAUUCUACAUUAACAAGUGCCAUAAACAAGUAACAUAAAAAAACAAUCAUUUAUUUCUCGUUUUUUGUUUUGUUUUUCUUUUUUUUUUUUAAUGGACUCUUUAAUGUUUUGUAUUUCUCUUUUUUUGUUAUUUUAUGUUUGAUUUUUUCACUUCAUAGUUUUUUUUUUCAAUUACAUUAUAUAAAUUACAUUCUUAAGAACAUUUAAUAUUUUAAAAGGAAAUGAUACCAAUAUUUCAUUAUGUAAAUUAUUCAUAUUUGUAUACUUUUUUGUGAGUACCCAUUUUCAUUGUUAUACAUACAAAAUAUACUACUAUGAACCAUGUAAGCAUAUUUAAUAAGAAUAAUAAUCAAGGAGUUUGCAUAAAAUCAGCGAAUAUACAUAUAAAAAUUAAAUAAAGCGUCUGAUAAAUUAUUA